GCCCGCUGGCGGCUCGCCCCAAGCUGACACACGCCGAGCAGAUGUGAGCGAGCCUGGCCAGAGCCCUGCUGCAGCCGCUCCACAGACAGCUCGUUAGCAACAGUGUCCCGCCGCUCCGCCCCGCCAGGUCCCAGCGGGGGAAAUAUGUGGCAGCCGGCAACCGAGAGACUACAGCACUUUCAGACCAUGUUGAAGACAAAGCUCAAUGUCUUAACUCUUCGGAAGGAACCUCUCCCCACGGUAAUCUUCCAUGAGCCGGAAGCCAUUGAGCUGUGUACCACAACUCCAUUAAUGAAGACUCGGGCACAUGCUGGAUGCAAGGUUACAUACUUGGGUAAAGUUUCCACAACAGGGAUGCAGUUUUUAUCAGGUUGCACAGAGAAACCAGUCAUAGAGUUGUGGAAGAAGCACACGCUUGCUAGAGAGGAUGUCUUCCCAGCUAAUGCCCUGCUGGAAAUCCGCCCCUUCCAAGUUUGGCUUCAUCAUCUAGACCUCAAAGGAGAGGCCACUGUCCACAUGGAUACCUUUCAGGUUGCACGUAUUGCUUACUGCACGGCCGACCACAAUGUCAGCCCAAACAUUUUUGCUUGGGUUUAUCGGGAGAUCAACGACGAUUUGUCCUACCAGAUGGACUGCCAUGCUGUAGAGUGUGAGAGUAAGCUAGAAGCCAAGAAGUUGGCUCAUGCCAUGAUGGAGGCCUUUAAGAAGACUUUCCAUAGCAUGAAGAGUGAUGGCCGGAUCCACAGGAAUAGCUCAUCUGAGGAAAUGUCUCAAGAAUUGGAAUCUGAUGAUGGCUGACUUGAACUCAUUGAUAGUUAAGCAAAAGCAGAAAUGGCCCUGGGAAUAGAAGCAUAUAGAUGAAUAAGCAACAGUUCAGUUUGGGAACGUCGGAACUCCCAACACUUGACUGAUCAGCUUUUCAAAAUAAAAAAGAAGCAAUUCAGUAAAUUCCCUAAAAUAUAUGCAUCUUUAUAAUAAUUACAUCACAUUGAAAUCUGUUGUUGUUGUUUUUUAAAAAAAUGUGCAAAGCUUUUUUCUUUUCUUUUUUCUUGUUUGUCCAUUUUACCUUCAAGUCCCAUUUUACCCCUUAGAGUUCAGGUUCAUUUCUUAAAGAUGAUAAAUUAUUUCUAUUUGCCUGUUGAAACCUGUUGAGCAUUUCUAACAGUAAAAGAUCCUAUAGGAUUUGUUGCUAGCAUCUAAUGCAGUAGCAAGUGGGAUCUGUUUCUAUACACACACACACACACACACACACACACACACACACUCUCUCUCUCUCUACAGUUUGGUUGCCAACUGCUGUUCUAGUUAGCCACCUCCAGGAUGAAAUAGCUACCUGCAGCCUUUUACAUUAACAACCUAUGGUUAAUUCAUAUUUCACAGUUUGAAUAUUCAAAGAUGCUUAUAUUUACACAUUAUAAUCAUAUGCUAUAUUUUAUUUUAUUAAUUUUACCUUUUAAAAAAUGUACCUGCACCCAUUCAUCUUCCACUUAGCUCCAUAGUUUCUAAAAUAUGAGCUGCAGGAAUUCCAAAAGGCAGUGUGAGGGGUGGGAAAUCUAAUUGUGAUCUCACUUUCCUUGAACGCCUGGUUCAAUAACUGGACCAUUGCUGAAGGAUGAAAGAGAGCUGGACAGUUAUUAGUUGGGCUUUGAACACAUGCUGUCUCCCAGUCCUGGCAUGGUGUGAAAACCUUUGUUCUACAGCAGUCCUACCAUCAAUUGAGUCCAUAUUGUCUUAUUUAGCUGGUGGUACAUUUUCCUGUAUCACCUACUGUCAAGAGCCGGUUUUGAGCUACCAUAAUGAUCCUAGGGCAUCCUUCAAUGGAAAGCUAGGGAUCCUUUAGGAUCAAGUUUGAAAGUAGAUGGUUUGUUCUGAUUCAAAACCUGAUAGUGAUAUUUCCUGAAGCCAUCUCUGGUCACAGCUUCAUAACUUAAGAAAAGUGUUGGUUUUUUAAAAAAAAAAUGUUUAAAAGCCAACUGUUGAUUAAUAGUUUGCAGGUAAUGCUGCUCCAUUAUAAAGUCUUGUUCAUAAAUCGUGGUAAUGUUAGGGGCACUAGGGCACCUUACAGAAGCCUUAAAAGAAAGCUAGUCAAAGCAGAUAGCUAUAGAAGUCUGUUCCAUUGUGUGUGAAUAUGUACACUUUAUAUGUUUGUUUGUGUGUGUGUGUGUGUGUGUGUGUGUGUGUGUGUGCGUGCGCGUGCGUGCGAUCAGUGUUACAGCAUGUAGAUUGAUCAUGGGAACAAACUGAGGACUCGCACCUCUUGAAAAUAUGCUUAUUGCUUUCCAAUGUAUGUAAACUAUUCUGCAAUGUAAAGGCAUUCAUACUUUAAUAAAAAAAAGUUGGAAUUAAAUAUAAAUAA